ACCGCGUAAUAGACGCGCACAGUACGUAUGAGGUAGAUUCCGGCCGGUGUGUGGACGCGCAGCGUAUUGUGUCAGCACGUCAGUGACGUCAUCCUCCAUCACUUGGAACGCAGAACUUCCCGCCAGCCGAGGCUUGGAGCGCACAGGUGCCGCCUCUUUUAAAAGCUCGUGAGGAUGGCGCCCACGGGUCACCGGUUUUCAUUGGCGGGCGUUUAGCGUCACGUGACUGAAUUAGCGAUGUCCUCCGCUGUCGUCAGAAUGUCCUGGGGGAGGCGGAACUCCGCCCUGAAGACAAUCAGAGGGUCCAUCAGAAUGUACGCUGCGUCCUCGGAUCGGAUACGUGACAUCCUGUUGGACCUGUGUCGGCGCCGUCGCUUUAUACUGGGGGACGGGCUGAGUGCGGCCUCCGUUAUCGAGGGAGGUCACAGCCUGGGGCCCCUAGGCUCAGAGAUGAAGAAGAACAUUAUAAAGGAGUGGUGGAACAUGGUGGUGCUGAGCCGGGAGCAGGUCCUGCCCAUCGACACCGCGCUGCACACCGCACCGGAGCCCGGAUCGCCAGCGCUGACGCUGUUCAGGAUACGUCCAGAUCACCGGGACAACGAUUCAGUUGUGUCAGAUGAGCGGCAGCUGGGCAUCCUGCGCCACGACCUACUGCACGGAGCCUUGUCGCACUACGCCGCCUGCCUGGAGCUGGUGAGCGGGAAGCUGCCGUUCGGUAUAGCCGAGGUGGGAAAAUGCUUCCAUACCGUUCCGGUUCUACGAGACGAUGGCGCCCCCCUCACACGGCCCGGAGAGAGGACGGCGGCGUCGCUCUGCUGGUUCAGCUCUGCAAAAAUGUCGUCUCAGUGGCGCGACUACUGGCUGCGGCACAGGCUGCUGUGGUGGCGCAGGUUUGCUCAGGUCCCGUCUGGAUUCAGCAGCGGUGACCACCAGGACGCAGACGGAGCCAAGACAUUUGUUAUAAAUUACGACUUCCCCUGGGGGAGGGAGGCAGUGGAGACGCUGCGCACCAUGGAUGACUCCGCCCUUACACAGGUGCAUGCUGGGACCGGCGCCAAACUCCACGGUCGGGAUGGCAGGCGGUCCCUGGUCCCGCACGUGGUUUGGCUGAACAGUGAUCUGGACCGCGGCCUGUUGGCGUACCUCUCCGACGCGCUGCACGUGACCGAGAACCUGUCACCGCGAGGGAAGGAGCACGUCAGGACGGUGUUGAGGAUUCACCCCUCUUUGGCCCCUAUAAAAGUGGCUGUGGAUUUGGGGAAGGGCCCGGCUGUGGACUUGCGGCUGGUGGGUCAGGAGUUGUCAUCCGAGCUGCGGAAGAGCGGGAUCAGCGUCUGGCCCGGAUACCUGGACACUGUGCAGACCCCCAUGGAGCAGGUGUUCACCAAAUAUGAUGAGAUGGGCGUCCUGUUUACGGUCCUGGUGAGUGACGUCACACUGGAGAGCGGCCUGCUCCACCUGCGCAACCGCGACACCACCAUUAAAGAGACGGUACACGUAUCUAAGCUGAGAGAGUUCCUGACCCAGUACAUGUCUGCCGCCAACUAAAUGUGACCAACUCUGGCCUUAGGUCAAUGACACCCGAUACUGGAAGCACGUGACACCCCGAUACUGGGAGGACAAUGACACCCCGAUACUGGGAGGACAAUGACACCCCGAAACUGGAGGCACGUGACACCCCGAUACUGGGAG